UGUGUCAAUGCUCGAUGUCGUGCUUUACUAAUAUUUUUUUUGUUUUUUGAGCCCUACACGGUACUUUUGAUCCAGAUAACAACAGAAUAAAAAACAAGCAUGCAGGAAUCAGAUAACGAGGUUGCGGACAUAGGGCCCGUCGAUAAUGCAUGGGCUAUGAAAAUACCUAAAUUCACCCCAGAGGAUAACCCUCAUGGUCUUUUAGAAGAAAGUAAAUUUGCAACCUUAUUUCCUAAAUAUCGUGAACAGUACCUGAAAGAAUGUUGGCCUCUCGUGCAGAAAGUGUUAAAGGAACAUCACAUUGUCGCCGAAUUGGAUCUUAUCGAAGGUAGCAUUAUUGUUAAAACUACGAGAAAGACUUGGGACCCCUAUAUAAUAAUAAAAGCUAGAGAUUUAAUGAAGCUAAUGUCCCGAAGCGUCCCGUUUGAACAGGCGGUCAGGGUUCUAGAGGACGAAAUAGGAUGUGACAUAAUUAAAUUAAACUCAUUUGUGCGAAAGAAGGAAACCUUUUUGAAGAGACGGCAGCGAUUGAUAGGACCAAAUGGAGUCACUCUCAAGUCUAUCGAACUACUGACCGAGUGUUACGUACUUGUUCAAGGCAAUACUGUGUCCGCUGUUGGCCCAUACAAAGGUUUAGUUCAGGUCCGACGCAUAGUAGAGGAUACCAUGAAAAACAUCCACCCAAUGUAUAACAUAAAAAGUUUAAUGAUUAAGAGAGAAUUAAUGAAAGAUUCUAGACUAAAAAAUGAAAGCUGGGACAGGUUCUUACCUACAUUUAAAAGCAAAAAUGUGCCAAGGAAACAGCCUAAAAAGAAAGUUCAGAAGAAACCUUACACUCCGUUCCCCCCGCCUCAAGCAGAGAGCAAGAUUGACAAGGAGCUGGCUACUGGAGAAUACUUCCUCAAGGAUGAACAGAAGAAGGCUAAGAAAAGGCAUGCUAGAGAGGAAAAACAAGAACAAAAUAAGCGGGCUCGUGCGGAACAGCGGCAGAAGGACUUCAUUCCACCGGAAGAAAAAUUUGCUGCUCCCUCUACAUCCACAGAGUCUACAGUUGACAUACAACAGUUUAAGGCUAAAAUGAAAAAGUUCUCAAAACAGCACAAAGGACUGAAAAAAUCUAAGGCAAAGGAAGAUGGUGAAUAGGAUAAAGUGAAAGUGGAAUGUGUUUUCACUGUAUUUUCUAGAGAAACAUUUGA